AUGUCUGCCUAUGUUUAUGAGAUGUGGCACAUAAAAGAAAUCAAUUCCCACACCUGGACGCACCACUUAAUUUCUGUCAUUCUCUCAUUUUAUUUCUUACUUUCUGUCUUUCAUUCAUUCGUUAUUUCUUUCUUUCACUCUUUUUUUAUUUCAACCUUUCUUUCUUUCUUUCCUUCUUUCUUGCAUGUUUCUUUCUUUCUCUACCCUUUCAUUCUUCCUUUAUUUCUUUAUCCCAUCAUUUCAUUAUUUCUUUCUUUCUCCCUUUCUUUCUUUCUUUCUUUCAUUCAUGAUUCUUUCUUUCUCUACCCUUUCAUUCUUCCUUUAUUUCUUUAUCCCAUCAUUUCUUUCUUUCUUUCUCUUUCUUUCUUUCUUUCUCUCUUUCUCUCUUACUUUCUUUCUUUCUUUCAUGUUUCAUUAUUCCAUCAUUUCUUUCUUUCUUUCUUUCUUUCUUUCUUUCAUGUUUCUUUCUUUCUUUCUUUCUUUCUUUCAUGUUUCUUUCUUUCUCUACCCUUUCAUUCUUCCUUUAUUUCUUUAUCCCAUCAUUUCUUUCUUUCUUUCUUUCUUUCUUUCUUUCUUUCUUUCUUGUUUCUUCCUUUCUUUCUUUCUUUCUUUCUUUCAUCUUUCUUUCUUUCUUACUCUUUCAUUAUUCCUUUAUUUCUUCAUCACAUCAUUUCUUUCUUUCUUUCUUUCUUUCUUUCAUGUUUCUUUCUUUCUUUCUUUCUUUAA